AUGGAAGCAACGAUGCUGUUCAACGUAAUGGGGUUAUGGACAAUCCUGAUCGCUUCAAGCGCUGCCCCAUUGUGGCCGCUUUUCAAGGCAUGGUCUCAGAAGGCAGCCAUUCAACGGAUAUUCUGCGCUUCGAGGAGGAAAGAACAGAGACCGGGUGCUGAAGAGGUUGAAUCUGAUUUCGUGGCGCGUCCUCGCGGUGCAAUUACACCAACUGGAAUUGGCCAUGGUAAUAUCGAAGCAUAG